AAUCCAAUUAUGUUUAAGUUAAUGUUUGAUCGUCGAAAACCGUAUAUUGAAAAAUAGUUGUGUAUAAUGAUUACAAGACAGAUGUAAACAAUAAAUGACAUGUGAAGAGAUAGCUGAAUUUCGAAGUCCAAAAUUUGAUAACGAAGAUGUAGGCUUAAGUUAAAAGGAUGAUCUAUUUCUGGCUACCAUAACUUUAACUGAUGGUGGUCACAGCCAGGAGCCUUCGAGUUUUAGGUCUGGCUGCCCAAAGGGAGAUAAACCCAAUCAAGACAAGCUAUCGAUCGGUCAUUCACAAUCGUGUGUCACAAUCGGCAAGGUUUGAACAGCGUAGAAAGAUGUCAGUGAAGAUUGGAAACCUGAAGUUCUUAAACCAGGUGGAAGCUCAGAACAUAGAUCAGGAGCUGUUCACAGAGUAUGCAUUCAGUGUGGAGCAGUUGAUGGAACUGGCAGGAUACAGCUGUGCAGUGGCCAUUGCUAAGUGUUAUCCAUUAGAAGAAAUGACAAAGGACAACCAUGCAGUGCUGGUCUGCUGCGGCCCGGGCAAUAAUGGAGGGGAUGGACUUGUGUGCGCCAGACACUUGAAGAUGUUUGGUUACAAGCCGACUGUAUUUUACCCCAAGCGGCCCAGCCAGGCCCUGUUUGACAACCUCUGGAAGCAAUGUGAAGGCAUGGACAUGCCCCUGCUGUCAUUCUUCCCUUCAGAGGCUCACCUCAUCACAGACUCCUACAACUUUGUGGUAGACGCUUUGUUUGGAUUUAGCUUUAAAGGGCCAGUUCGACCAGAAUUUGAACCUGUUAUGGAGACAUUGAAGAAAGUGGAAUCACCAAUAUGCAGUAUUGAUGUCCCUUCUGGCUGGGAUGUGGAAAAUGGGGACGAAAACGGGCUGAAACCUGAUCUGCUGAUUUCCCUGACUGCCCCAAAGCUCUGUGCCAAGCAUUUCACAGGCAAACACCACUACCUGGGCGGGAGAUUCGUACCAAAAACCCUAGAACAGAAGUACCAGCUUAACCUGCCAGCGUACCCGGGCACAGACUGUGUGGUCGAAUUGAAACCGAAUGAUGAUGCAUAGUUGAUAUCUAGAACUUUGAUUAGGAGUGUAGUUUUAUUGCAUUGUUAUUUGUUUUACUUGAUACUAUGACGUAUUUCUUGCAAUUCAAUGCAUUUUAAAUUUUUAGCAUAGUGUAUUUUUGUUCUUUUGUGGGCUGGUGGUCUGAUAGAUUUGUGGGAAUUAAUGCAUGUGCAUAUAGUGUCGUCCCAGAUUAGUCUGUGCAGUCUGCACAGGCUAAUCAGGGAUGACACUUUGCGCUUUUAAUAUAUUUUUUGUUUCAAGAAAGUCUGUUCGUAGCAAAAAUCCAGUUUAGGCUGAAAGAGUUGUCUCUGAUUAGCUUGUGUGGACUGCACAGGCUAAUCUUGGACAACACUAUGCACAUGCAUUACACCCUCUUGUCACUGAGCGCGGCUCAAUUAUUUAUUUUUAAUAACUUGAGAAAAUGAAAAGAGAUAAGUUACAAACUUUAUAUAUAGAUUCCUUAUUCUCUACCAUGCAAGGUAUUAUAUAUGAGGAAUCAAGGUCAAGGUUACGUGUAUUAAAUGUAAAAAAAAUCUGCUCAUUAGCAUGAGUUUGAGUAAAGGCAUUUUAAUUAAACAUCAUACACGUAUAACUGAUGCAAUUGUUUGGAGUUGCAUUUGGUACAUAACAUGGAUUGGGUCAAUAUCACAUGGAGUUACUAAAAUUAGAAAUAUGCAUGGUUUCUGCUUUAAAACACACUAGUAUUGCUAUUGAGAUGUCAUAUAUAGACACUUAGUAGUGUUUCUAUGGUUUUGGUGGGGUCAAUGUCUAAAUUUAAAACAGACAAGUGACAUUUUUUCAAAAUGUGUACAACUCAUUUACUAUUGUAAUGUUACUUUCGUGUAAAUGUCACUUGGCAUUCAGCUUUAUUAAAGGGGCCUUUUCACAGAUUUGGCAUGUUUUUGAAGUUUGUCGUUUAAUGCUUUAUAUUGAUAAAUGUAAACAUUAAAUUUUAAAAGCUCUAGUAAAAAAUCAAAAAUAAAAUUUAAAAAAGGAAAAAAAAAGUAGCUCGCAGCAGGGCUCGAACCAGUGACCCCCGGAAUCCUGAAGUAAAAACGCAUUAGCCAACUGAGCUAUCCUGCCAAGCAUACAUAAGAUGAUCGAGUAUUUUAUACGCUAUAUAAGCAAUCUUCGUAGUUUCACAAAUUUAAACGACAAUAACAAAACUCUCCAAAUUAUUCAAUCGUUUCGCGUUGCAACGCUUUAUAAUUUUUAGGUUUUUAAAUCGUCAAAAGAUGCAUAUAAUGGCUUUAUUAGACCAUGGCAAAUGUUCAGUAAUACUAUUUCCUCACAAAUAACAUAACUAAUCCGAAAAUUUGCGAAUCUGAAACAACUUUUUUCAGUUUUGUCAAUUUACCAAACCGUGAAAAGAUCCCUUUAAGGUUGCAGUAACACAAAUAAUAAGAAUAGAAAUAAUAUUUCUGUUGAAAAAACAUAUAUUUGUCUCAUGUUAUGCCCUUGUGUACAAUUAAUUUGUAAAAGAUUAAAACUGCAAAGAUUAAUUUUGAAUGUUAUUUUUGAUGAAAUUCAGCAUGCACUUGUUGUUAAUGUUUUUGAUUAGAAUCAUACAGAUGACAUGCACAGUUAUGGCGUUUAAUAAAACUUUGAUAUAUGUCAAUAUGUGGCUUAAAUACAUUAUAUUAUCAUAGAUAUUCUGUCAUCAAUUUAUAGACAUUUCACGGAUUUUGUUUGUUAUAAUAAGCAGAUUUUUUUAUUUUCUCUUAUUUAUAAUCUUUUUAAAUUGAGAAUAAUAUUUUUUCUGGUCAUCAAAUGUCCAUGUAUCUGAAAUGGAAUUUCACAAUGGAAUGUAAUGGCAUGGUUCUUUCAAUAAAGACAUGUUCUCUAUGUAUCAAUAAUAUAUGAAAGAUUUUAAUGAAAAUUUGACUUAUGUUUAAGAACACUCAGAAAAUGUGCAAAUGCAUUGAAUAAAUUUUGUUUCAUGAAAGAGAAUAGUUUGUGUAUAGUUUGGAAUUUGUAUAUGUUCUUAAAUAAAGUUACAAAUCGCCAGGCAGUAAAACUCAUGUUUUCAUGUUUUAACAAAAUUCUGAGACUUUCUAUUCAUGAUGGAUAUAGAGUUAAACAUUGGAAAAGGGAAUAGCAGAGGAAAAAGGUUUCUUUCUUUAUUAUAUUUUUUUAAUAAUUGUGAGAUUGAUUGAUUUUGUAAAAUGGAUCGUCAUAAUUCCUUAACUAUAUGUAUGGGCUUAAUUAUCCCUUAUUGUUGUUUAAAUUAUCCUUGCAUUUAGUUGAGGAUUCGUCAGGCAGGUUGCAUUUCCCAAGGUUUUGAGUUUUUAUAACAAUUAUUGUAGAAAUUGUUGUUAAGUCAAUGGUUUUAACUUUUUCAAU